GGAAAAUAAAACUUUACUGGGCGUUUACUCAUCUKAUUUUAUGUGCUACAUUCAAAUACAAAACGUAGGCUGUUUAUUAAAUAGGCUGUAGGAUAUCUUUGCAGCAACUCUGUGGAAAUGGAAGUUGUUGCUGAAACUGGGGUUAUUGCGGACUCACCCGACAAUUCACAACCUGCCGGCGACAUGAAUGAAGAAAGAGGUUCCCUCUUCGAUGUUACAUUUCUGGACCACGACUUUCCAGGUGCUGAGACCGAGACCCCGACCCGCAAGACCUACCAGGAGUUCCAGCCCAAAGCACUGGGGGUCUCUCAGAUCACUUUGGGUGUGUUUGUGCUCAACUCAGUUUAUGUCAGUGUCGCCAACCGAUUGGAUCAGAGAAAUGAAGAAGUAACCAGAGCGAUAGGCUCCCUGUCUGCGAUAGUGGCGGGAAGUGUGGCCAUAGCAGCACAGAGUCUUCAUGUUCCCACAUUGAAGGCGUGUCUGGGGACACAGCUGGCUACCUGCCUUAUGGCCAUGUUCAACGUGGUCGUCGUAGGAGGAAAGCUGUCUGACACCCACUUAGUGCCAGACUGCUGGCUUUUCACUGAUUACAACAACACACAUCAUCACAUCACAUGCGACAAGCUGAUGAAUUCUGUGUAUCCAUUCUAUGUCGAGUGGUUCCUCGUGCACGCAACUCUCCUCGGCAUCUCUGUCACCCUGACUAUCUACAGCUGCAAGCUGCUACGCUUCUGCUCCCCUGCAGCACCCAGCAUGCCUGUGGUCACUGCAUAUACUAGCCCUGCUCAGUGACAAGAGAUGAGGUACAUAGAAAGGAACCUAAAGCCAUCAUGAAGAGACACUGACGGGCCUAUCUAGCCAUGCACUUUUUUCAAAUCUAUUUGUCACUGUUUUCUGUCUUGCACAUACACUUGAUGUUGACGAUAUGUCAUAUUAUAUGGUUGCCUUUUUUAUGCUAUAGUUUGGUUAUUUUGUUGUGUGUUCCGAUGAUAGAGUAUGUCUGUUUAGAUCUAUAUGGUCUCAGGUGCUAUUUUAGUGAUGGUUUUAAGGAUGGAAACUUUGUGGGUACAUCAUAUUGAAAUAAACACUUCCUCAGGGGCAAA